UAAGUGAUAUAACAACAAAUCCACAUGUGAUUAUGAAUUUUUGAGUUUAAAAUCGUAUUUUAAAUAAUAAAUUCAAUUUAAAUCAUCAAAAAUUCACAAAAAAUUAUAAAAAUCUGCCAACAAGAUGCCCGGCAGUCGAAUUUUCAACCGAAACAAGUCCUUGGGCUUCGUAAGCAAUCAUGUUCCUGCUGCCGUUCGUUACUACCAGAAGCGAAAGGAGAACAUAAUCGUCACUUGCACCGGUCGGAGCGUUCACGCGUUCACAACUAACUUCCGUUUGAUCAAUUCCACGCCGUUGCAUGCGGAGGACAUCAAUUGCGUCGUCACAGAUCCGUUUCUCGUGCAUGUCGCUGCCGGAAAAAACAUCUAUUCAUGGCGUUCCGGGCGGAUAAUCAAAAAAACAUUCAUCGGGCACAAAGCUAAUGUGCAUCUCAUGCUUCCGUUCGGGCCUCAUCUCAUCUCCGUUGACGAGGAUAACGUUUUAAAAGUCUGGGACAUCGAAUCGGAACUCCUUUAUUUGGAAAUUCCCUUUGACAAAACGAAUUUCCGAGUCACAAGUAUCCUCCAUCCGCCAACUUAUGUGAAUAAAGUGCUUCUCGGCAGUGAACAAGGCACAUUACAACUCUGGAAUUUGAAAUCUUCCAAAUUAAUUUACACUUUUAAUCAAUUCACGUCAAAAAUAACGACUUUGGAAGCAGCUCCCGCAUCAGAUAUCGUCGCCGUCGGGUUAGAAACCGGCAAAAUUAGUCUCCUCAACCUCAAAUUCGAUGAAAUCCUGAUGGAAUUCAAUCAAGAAGAUGGAGCUGUCACAGCAAUUAGCUUCCGAACCGAUGGUUUUCCGAUAAUGGUAACUGGAAGCACAAGCGGAAGAGUCUCAAUUUGGGAUUUGGAGAAGCGAAAAUUGGUUACAAUCUUGGAGGCGCAUGCUGAUAGUGUUAGUACGUUAAGUUGCUUCAACAGCGAGCCACUGAUGUUCACAGCAUCCCCUGACAACUCGAUAAAAUUAUGGAUUUUUGACAUGCCCGAUGGAGGUCCGCGGUUAUUGCGACGUCGAGAGGGACAUGCUUUGCCUCCAUUGUGCAUAAGGUAUCACGGGGCAGGCGGAAGACACAUUGUAUCAUCAGGCGAAGAUGUUAGUAUGAGAAUUUUCAGCACAGUUUCCGAAACAUUGAACAGAAGCAUGGGUCAAGCGAGCUAUAAUCGGGAAGCUGCAAAGAAAAAACGAUCAAAGGCAAAAGCGCUUUUAAUGCCGCCGGUAAUCCAUUUCACGACGGAAACCACACGAGAAAAGGAAUGGGACAACAUCGCCGCUAUCCACAGAGACUAUAAAAUGGUUACUACUUGGUCCUUCGAUCGUUGUAAGAUGGGAGAAUUGAAAAUUGUUCCAGAAAAUUUGAAAGACAAGGUCAGAACUGACUUCAGUACCGUCGCGAAUUGCAUCUGUUUGACACAUUGCGGCAAUUUUGUCGUUAUUGGCUACACAAAUGGAGAUGUCCAUCGCUUCAACAUUCAAUCCGGAAUUCAUCGUGCCACGUAUGGAAAGCCCGCGCACGAUAGCUCAGUACAAGGCGUCGCCACUGACAACUUAAAUCAAGUCGUAAUUUCCGGCGGUUUCGAUGGCGAAGUGAAAUUCUGGCAUUUUCGCAACACCUCUGAAUGCCUAAAAACCCUCGAACUCGGCGAAGGAAUCAGUUUUUUCCGUUUUCAUCGUGACAGUUCGUUACUUUGUGUCGCUUUGGAUGACUUUACGGUUUGCUUAAUUGAUGCCGAUGCCAAAUACGUUGCUCGUAAAUUUAGUGGGCACAAAGCUCGACUCACUGACGCCUGUUUUUCGCCCGAUGGACGAUGGCUUUUGACCACAGCGAUGGAUUGCGUCGUCAAAGUUUAUGAUAUCCCCUCGUCAUAUCUCGUGGAUCACUUUAAAGUCGAAAGUCCUUGCACAUCGAUGACAAUGUCGCCAACGGGAGAUUUCCUUGCAACGACUCACGUUGACUACUUGGGUAUCAAUUUGUGGGCGAACAAGACACUUUUCAACCAUAUUUCGAUGCGAGCGCUGAAAGAAACGUCAGAACCGUAUUUGAUGAGCUUCCCCGUUGCCGGCAAAGAAACCGAACUUGAUGACUCCGACGACUUUGAGUUUGACGAGAUACCCGAUUACAAGUCCCCUGCGAUGUUGAGUCCCGAUUUACUGACUUUAUCUGAUCUUGCGUUGUCCCGUUGGCAGAAUUUGUUGAAUUUGGAUGUCUGUAAAAGGAGAAAUAAGCCGAAACAGCCGCCAAAACAGCCCAAACAAGCGCCGUUUUUCCUGCCUACCGUUGCGGGACUCGAAAUGAAGUUCGAUUUGAAUCAAAUGGACCUCAAUGGUGAUGCGGAAGAUGACUCACGUAUUGCAGCAAUAGCUCAUAUUGAAAAUUUAACCACUUUUGGAAGACUUUUGAAAAGUACAAUAGCCACAGACAACUUUGACGAAGCAAUUUCGAAGCUCGUUUCGAUGAAUGUAUCGGGCAUUGACUUUGAAAUUAAGAGUUUAUCCCCCGUGGGUGGCGGAAAUAUCGCUAUAAUGUUGCAAUUUAUGAAAAUGAUCAUCAAAAUGUUCCAAUCGAAGGUGAAUUAUGAACUUGCACAGUCAUAUUUGGGGGUUUUCCUGAAGGAGCAUGCAGAAUUAAUUGUCGAAAAUCAAGAACUCGCGGAUUGUUUGGAGGAAUUGGAUUCCGUGUCACAACAGGGAUGGCAAAAAUUAGAAGACCAGCUCAUGUACGGCAUUGGCGUUGUGAAUUCUCUCCGAAAUUACGGGUUUUCCGCCGUUACAAAGUAAGAUUUUGACCUGAAAUUGAAUAAAUUGUUAUAAAAAAAAAUUAAUUUUCAUACAAAUCUCAAUUUAUUUCGAUACAAAAAUAAU